UACUACCUCGACGUCCCUCUGAGCUCGUGUUCCUCGUGAUUUGCUGUACACGCAAUAAUGCGGCCCCAGAUGUAGCAAGUGGUACGCUUCCAUCUAUAAAUGUCUCACACCUCAUUGGGUAGCAGUAGGCUAUAGAGUGAACGCCACUGGAGAAGCCGGGCUGGCCUGUAAAUAUCUUCCCAUAUUCUCCAAUGGAGGCUCCCCAUGGCGCACCAUCUUCUUUGGACCUGUCCCUGACACUGGCCUCCAUGCCACCAGGCCCACCAUCAUCACCACCUCCAUGCUCCUCUCUUUGGGCUGCAGGAGACCACCUUGCUGCUGCCGGGGAAAACGGCCAUGGCCAUGGCCAUGGUGGCGCCUGCGAAGCGAGAUCUUCGAGGCGGCUGUUCUCAUGCCUCUUCUGCGAGAAGAAGUUUAUCAAGUCAGAGGCGCUUGGGGGUCACCAGAACGCGCACAAGAAGGAGAGGGUCGGAAGCUGGAACGCCCACCUCUACGAACAUGUCGACCACGACUACCCGCCGGCAACCGCAACGACUAGGGCGCCCAUGAGAUGGCCAAACGCGCGACUUGGCGACAACGCUGAGAAGCAGAUGCAGCAGCAGCAGCAGCUUGGUCUCAACCUUAAGCUUUAAUUAGCUAACUCGUGUGUACGUGUUUACUAUCUUCCUUUCAAUCUUCUCGUCCUCCUUGAACUAGCAAUUAGCUAGCUUGUGUGUAUGUGUGUGUGUGUGGCAGUGUGUUUUUCGCUAGCUACUCGGUACUCAUCAAUGUUCCAUACUGUACUGUAGAUAUACUUUGGUUUGUACUACUCCUAACUCCAAUUUUUCCUCAUUGAUUUGUUGGAUUGUUCGCAAAAAGAAAAGAACAAAAAAUGUGCGAUCAA